CAGUGUGCAGUUGGCAUUUUCAAACGUCAGAGCGUUUGUUUCAAUCGGAGUAUAUAAAAAGGCUGCAGUCUGGAGUGUUCUCAUUUCUGCUAAGCUGGUAGCUUCGAGUGGUAUAGACACGUAGCAUCGUUUGGAGAUGUUUUAUUCAGGGCUCCUCACAGAAGGCAGUAGAAAGGAGAUGGAAAUGCGAGAGGCGGCUUCUCUCCGGCAGCAGCGGAGAAUGAAGCAGGCAGUCCAGUUUAUGCACAAGGAUUCUGCAGAUUUGCUUCCUUUAGAUGGACUGAAGAAACUGGGCACCUCCAAGGAAACCCAACCACAUAACAUUCUGCAGAGGCGGUUACUGGAAACGAAUUUGUCCAAGUUUCGAGGAAACAAUUGUGGAACAAGAAUCCCGAAUAACGGUAUCUCAGUGCAAAGCUAUGGGUUUCAUCAGGACAGAGAGCAGAGCCUAACAACAAGCGAGGAAGAAGACCUUAUAUGUGUGUGCUGUAAGUGUGCUGGAAAGGAGAUCAAAAUUGUAAUUGACACAGGCUGCCGAUUCAACCUCAUUACUACAGCCUGCCUGGAUAGAUUUGGUCUGAAGGAACUUGUCAAGAUAAAUGAGACUGAAACAGAGACUCUCCCUUUCCCACAUAACAUAAAACCAGUGGGUCAGAUUGAAACGCUCCCUCUCAUGAUUGGGCAGAUAAAGGUGGACUGCUCAGCAGUUGUUGUGGAGAAUGAUUUUGAAUGUAUGUCUCUGGGGUUUAGAACAUUGCGAUCCCUGAAGUGUGUAAUAGACACGAACAAGCAACACCUAGUUCUGGGCACAGCGGAAAGGGAGCAAGUUCCGUUUUCUUCUAGUAAAAGUGAAAAUGAAAGCUCUCCUGAAGUGUGAAGGAUCUAAUCUCCUCAGCAAGUUAGAUAGCAUACGUUACCCGUGGCUGCCCAAUUCUUGUAAAUUUGACAGCUAGUGUUAACUACCUGUACAUGGGAACUUAAUUAGAUUUUGCACAACCAGGGCACGAAAUGGCCGGCUGCCUCCUUGACCUGACGAGCCCAGUUCUGAUCUAUGGCAGGUUAACUCCUCAAUUUGCCAUAAUGACAUCACAUAAAGUGGUCAUAGCAUUUACAUACAGUAGCAAUUUGAAGAACGUAGGUACCAAUGAGCUACAGAAAUGCACAACAUUUAAUAAUGACAAUGUCAGAUAAACUCUUUCUUGCCCAGUUUAGUGUGCUUAAACUGUACAUUUGUCAAUGGUUAUGCUGCUUCUAGCAGUUUUAAAAAUAUGUUCAUACAUUUUAAGGUAAGACUAUAUAUACGGUAUCAAUCAUACUAGCUAAAUUGGCUUUGACAUGUAACAACUUUGCAGAUUAUAUGUGGUUUAAACACCUACAUUAAAGGUUGCUGUUAAUUUGAUCAGAAUAAAAAUUAAAUGAAAACAAUUACACAUUUGCAAACCCAAGUUUAAUUGACACCAUUUCCAGAUUAUGACCACUUAGCACUACAGACCUGUGUUAAUUACCUCUGUCUUAUUUUAUAGAUAGCUGGAAUUCCAUCCGUGCUCUAUGUUUUGCUAUGUCUUGUAGAGAUUAUUCAGAACCAACAUUGUUGUAGACAAGGAUAUGGAGUGUAAAAAAAAUAAUAAUACAAAAUGCCAAUAAAGUAGAAGAGUACAACAUUUGAAAUGUAAUUUGUGAGCAUAAUGUAGAAACAAUUUCACUGCUAUGUAGUAUUUAUGCUGCAGUCACCUUUUUAGCUGUUCUUCAACAGAUUCCGUUUGAUGUCUUAAAAAUAAUACCAGCUCAACCUUUCCAACUAGUGCCUGUCAUUUUUAUUGUUUAGAGACUGCUCUUUACUUGAGUAUUAGGUGCUGUAUUUUAGUAGCAUUUGCGCAAGUGGCACUUUGUAUUAGCUUAAAUAUCAAUCCAUUUUUUUUUGUGAACUGCCUACCUUAUGUUACAGACUUGUGGUAAUACAAAUGUAGAUAUGUUGUUAUAACAAAAGUAGUUGUUUCUGUAUGAACCAAAGUGCAAUCGAAGGUCCGUUUACAAAUAUUUUUUACAUCUGUGAUAAUAGGUGAAUAUUUUUUCAGUUAGAUCAGCAGUAACUUGGGUCUUUGAUCUUUGUACGUAGCUGCCUAGUUUUUAACUUUCUAUUUAAAUGAAAGCAGUAUGAUUAUCAUUACUGUUCUAUACUGUUAUAAGGAGCCUGUAUAUUUGAAAUAAAAUAAAUGUUUAGAUCUG